AACUUCACCUCCAUUAAACACCACUAUUUGAAGCAAUCUUGUGGCUUUGAACCUACCCUGAACAUCAUCUUCAUUUCAUCACAAUCUUCCUCAUCAUGUCUGCAGAAGCAAAACAAGAAACAAAACCUUUGACCAACCCCUCUUACUCCUCAGAUGUUGACGAUGGUGUAGUGAAGGAUGUAGUUCUGUGGAGAAGAAAGAAACUAAAUGCAAUCGUUAUUGUAGUGGCAACAGCAGCAUGGGUGUUGAUGGAAGUAUUUGAGUUCAACUUCCUCACUGUCAUCUCAUGGGUUGCCAUACUCGUUGUUGCUUCAACAUUCCUUUAUGCCAAUAUGCUUAGACUUUUGGGCAAGGAACGACCAAACUUGUUGAGGUUGGAGUUGAGUGAAGAAACAACUAGAAGAAUAGCAAACGAAGUUCGAGCAUGGUUUGAAAAGAUAAUAAGGUGGUUGGUCCUUGUGAGUGUAAGGAAAGAGUGGCCAGUAUUUCUGGGGGUUGUGGCUGGAUUCUUGUCACUGUCUUAUUUGGGAAGCUGCAUGGACCUGCUUACAGUAGUUUAUAUCGGUGUAUUAGUGGGAAUGGCAAUUCCAUUAACUUAUGUGAAGAACGAGGACAAGAUCAAGAGAUUUGGGGAGUGGUUAAAGGAGAAAUACAAGAGAUGUUAUGAGAUUAUUGAUGAGAAGACCAUUCAUAAGAUUAAAAGCAGAAUAUCCAAGGAGAAGAAGACAGAGUGAUAGCUUUGUAGUUGGGAACUUGGUAUAUGAAUAAUCUGCAUGGUUAUGCUGUAUUAAUGAAUGAAUAUAAAUAAUAAUAGUUGUUUCUGUUGGACUUUGGUAA